CAUGGUGUCUUUCAAAAUGGAGGGACAUCAGCAAUGUUUACCUUAGGUAUCUAGCUGGUUAACUCGCAGCUAGAGCCUAAGAUCUAUCCUUUUAAUCGGUUUUAAUUAUACUGUAACUUGUGAUCUGUUGAUAGCUACGUGCUUCAAUCUUUUGGCCCUGUGAGUAAAGUUACAGACAAGAACAAGAUGGCUUUGGAACGUGCAAAGCUGUGUGAGACCCCUGUAUUCAGCAGCAGUAAGGUAAGAGGUCUGCCUGGCCUACCUCCACUGCCUGCGGAGGGGUCUCGGGAGCCUUCUGACCUCUACAAGAUUGUUCUUCGGAACAGCGAGCACCCCCCUCUUAUGAAAAGCACCUCAUGGACUUUGGCUGCCCCAUUCAAAGAACAAAAAUAUGACAGAACUCCUAGCGAGUCUAUCGCCAACGUGUACACUCCAUCAGCCAGUGACCUGAAGAUGAAAGAACUGGCAAAACUUGCCAGAUCCAGAACUAAACUGGUCGUUCUCCCACCUAUCACAGAAAACGGAGACAAAGUGUCAUCUCCAAGGAGGAAGAAAAAGAGGCUGUCACCAGCUGAUGAAGAGGAAGAAUUUGUGAAGGCAGAGCUUCCUCCCAGCCGACCCCUGACCCCAACUGAACAAAUGGACAUCAUGGCAGCCAUUGAGAAUGAACAGAUCAAGAAUGUUGGUGAGCCUGCGGAGCGAGACCUUGAGCGCUACUACUACUACAUUCGUAAAGGCAUUGCUGUGUCCAUGUUGGCCCCACAAGAGAGCCAACAGCUGCGGAACAUCGAACGUUUGGUUCCUGCCCACCUACUGACGGCCAAACAUCUGCAGCCCAUGUACAGUGACCUGCGUGAAGAGAUUGCCAGCGACUACGAAAUGAGUGCUCGCAAGUGCAUUGUGGAUUACAUCCUACAGGACAGCACAGAGAAGAAAAGACUGCACAUUGAGUGGACACCAAAGCCAUUCUCUCAGAAAGUGAUUCGUGCCCCUGUGCCCUGGCACUUCACUUAUGCCAGCCGCAAGUCCUUCAAUGAGCAGCACUUGUUCAUCACCAACCCCAUCAUGCUGAAACUACAGUACCUGUGGUAUAACGAGUUUUGCCACCUGCGCUUUGUAAACCUGGACAAACUCCUGGCUGCUGACCUGCCCCUUCUGCCCAUGGAGUUUGAGUCCUUAGUCAAGACGCAGUGCUGGGAGGCCCACGAGUUUCUCAGAAAGACUUGGAUCCCAACAUGCGCCAAGCUGUUUGUGGAUUACAAGGAGGUGUGGCAGGACCUGGUUCCCCCGGGGGAGCGUGACAGUACCGACCUGGUCCAAGAGUUUUUCUCUUGUGUGGCCUCGCUCAUGUCUCUGCAGCUACGGUCCAUGGUCAUCAACUCGCUGUCCGACUUCCUCGACUUUUUCAAGCGUUACGAGGCUGGCAAUGACUUCGGAGAAGACUAUGAUGAGUUGGCGUACGUACAGAAGCAGAUCAUGAUCAUCAAGUUGAAGAUAGAGGAGCCCAAAAUCAUCUUCGACCCUCCAUUCAGGGAGCUUCGGGAUAUCAUUCUCAGGUGUUUCUCCGAGAUCAUCGCCAGUGGGGAAGGAUUGACGAGAGUGGAGUGUGAACUGUUCCCGGACAUGAGAGGUCAAAGGUUACUUCUGCGCUCGGUCAAGAUUGAGGAGAGUCUUGUCACAGACUAUACAGACAAGGCCAUGGAGAUCUUCAAGACUAACACUGUCGGGCCACAGAAGUACCUGAAUGUGUACAAGAAAUACUCGGACCUGCUGAACAACAAGGCUGAUCAGGACAUCUCAGCCUUCCUCAGACAGACACACUCCAUCGCAGCCUUCAAGAGUAAAAUUGACUCUUACCAAGCAUUGAAAGAUGAGAUAGCUCUCCUGCGAAUCACAGCCCCCCUGAGCAUGUUCUGUCUAGACUGUGUCCAGUUUAAUGCAGAAAUGUGCAUGCGGGCGCAGCGGCUGAAGGACAAACUGGUGAUGUUUGAAGUGGACGAGAACAGAGACCUGAACAGGGCGCUAUGCAAGCGAUAUGAGGAGAUUCAGGAUCGUGUUCAGAUCAUCCCGGAGUCUACCAAAGACCUCGUGGAUCUACAAGAUUUUCUCAAAAUGUCCAGUGACGUUUCAGUUUACAAAUUGCUGGAUGAGGUUGAAGAGGCCGGAAACCGCUUGAAGUUCCUCCUUGACUAUGCUGACUUCCCACAGGAAGACAUCAAGCUGAACACAGUGACGUUCCAUUGGCCAAGCCAGAUCACGACCAUCCUGGAUCACAGCCAAGGACGCAUCAUGAGCAAGAGGCAACAAAUCGAGGAGGAGCUUAAGAAGCGUGUCGCCGCCUUCGAAGAGAAGAUUGAUGGAUAUGGCAAGGAGGUGGAUUCUUUCAGAAGGAAAGAAUUCAUGGGUCAGGACGAGAUGAAGAACAAUGUGGAGGUGUUGAGCACACUUCAAGUCAAUCUGGAAGCCGCCCGCGAUGAGCUUGAGGGUCUGCAGGACGAGGAGCGUCUGCUGGAGUGGGAGGUCACAGAGUUCCCGCAGCUACAAAACAUGUUUACGCUGAAGGAGCCGUACGACAAACUCUGGCGCACUGCCUACAACUUCAACCUUAAAAGCGAGGCCUGGACCAAUGGCCCCUUCAAGGAACUCAAUUCAGAAGACAUUGAGAACGAGGUUGGGGACAUGUGGCGCUCAAUGUACAAACUGGUCAAGACUUUCUCAGACCAGCAGGGACCCCGGCAUAUCGCCACCACAGUCAAGGCUAAGAUUGACAGGUUCAAAGCCAACAUGCCUAUCUUGCAGACUAUUUGUAACCCAGGCAUACGUGACAGACAUUGGGAACAGAUGAGUGAGAUCGUUGGGUUCGACCUCCGACCCAAGGAGACCACAUCUCUGGCAGAAAUGCUGGAGUAUGGCUUGCAGAAACACCUGGCCAGACUGGAAGAGAUUGGAGCCAGUGCAGCCAAGGAGUAUUCUCUAGAGAAAGCCUUGACCAAGAUGAAGGACGACUGGAAGGACCUCAGAUUUGAACUUGUGGCUUACAGAGACACGGGAGUGGACAUCCUGAGUGCCCUGGAUGACAUCCAAGCUCUACUAGACGACAACAUUGUGAAGGCCCAGACCAUGCGAGGCUCACCCUUCAUCAAGCCCUUCGAGGUGGAGAUGAAGGAGUGGGAGGAGAAGCUGGUCCUCAUGCAAGACAUCAUUGAUGAGUGGCUCAAGGUCCAAGCCACAUGGCUGUACCUGGAGCCCAUCUUCAGCUCUGAGGACAUCAUGGCCCAGAUGCCAGAGGAGGGACGCAAGUUUGGCAUCGUGGACAGCUACUGGCGUGACAUCAUGACUGAAACUAGCAAGGACACCAACUGUCUUGUGGCCACGGGCCAGAACAACAUGCUGGGACGACUGAAGGAAGCCAACGUCCUGCUGGAGGAGAUCCAGAAAGGACUCAAUGCCUACCUGGAGAAGAAGAGGCUGUUUUUCCCCCGAUUCUUUUUCCUGUCAAAUGACGAGCUGCUGGAGAUUCUGUCAGAGACCAAAGACCCACUGCGCGUACAGCCGCAUUUGAAGAAGUGCUUUGAGGGCAUUGCAAAGUUGGAGUUCACUGAAAAUGAGGAAAUUAUUGGCAUGAUUUCUGCUGAGAAUGAAACUGUUCCAUUCUCGUCCAUGAUCGUCCCAGCCAAGGCCAAGGGUAUGGUGGAGAAGUGGCUGCUCCAGGUAGAGGAUGUGAUGAUCUCAUCACUGCGUAAGGUCAUCACUGAGUCGGUGCAGGCCUACAAGACCACACACCGCAAACGCUGGGUGGUGGACUGGCCUGGCCAGGUGGUGCUCUGUGUCAGUAAUGUCUACUGGACCUCGGAAGUGACUGACGCCAUGAAGAAUGAAGGUGGUCUCAAGAUUUAUCUGGAGCGCUGCAAUCGUCAGAUUGAUCAGAUUGUGGAGCUUGUCAGAGGAAAACUGGAGAGUGGCACGAGAAUUACUCUUGGAGCUCUCACUGUCAUUGACGUACACGCCCGUGACGUUCUUGAUAACCUGGCAAAGAACAACAUCCGCAGCUCCCAUGAUUUCAAUUGGCUAGCCCAGAUGCGCUACUACUUUGAGAAGGACGUGAUGGUGCACAUGAUCACCACGGAGAUCGCCUAUGGGUACGAGUACCUGGGCAAUUCUCCACGACUCGUCAUUACCCCACUGACUGACAGAUGCUACCGGACAUUGAUGGGAGCCUUGAAGCUCAAUCUGGGCGGAGCACCAGAGGGCCCAGCUGGCACAGGCAAGACAGAGACCAGCAAGGAUCUGGCAAAGGCUGUGGCCAAACAGUGCGUUGUCUUCAACUGUUCUGAUGGUCUCGACUACAAAGCCAUGGGCAAGUUCUUCAAAGGUCUGGCCCAGGCAGGUGCGUGGGCGUGUUUCGACGAGUUCAACCGCAUCGAGCUGGAAGUGCUGUCUGUGGUUGCCCAGCAGAUCCAGAGCAUCCAGCAGGCCAUCGCAGCUCACCUCAAGCGCUUCAUCUUUGAGGGCACAGAGCUCUCCCUGGACCCAACCUGUACUAUCUUUAUCACCAUGAACCCAGGCUACGCCGGACGACAGGAACUGCCUGACAACCUGAAGGUUCUGUUCCGUACCGUGGCCAUGAUGGUCCCUGACUAUGGCAUGAUUGGGGAGAUCCAGCUCUACUCCAUGGGCUUUGUGGACGCCAGGAGUCUGGCCAACAAAAUUGUGGCGGUGUACCGGCUGUGCUCGGAACAGCUCUCCUCCCAGCACCACUACGACUACGGUAUGCGAGCGGUCAAGUCUGUGCUGACCGCUGCCGGCAACCUCAAGCUCAAGUACCCCAACCAGGAUGAGGCUGUCCUCCUGCUCAAGGCCAUCAAUGAUGUCAAUCUGCCUAAGUUUUUGGCACAGGAUGUGCCCCUGUUUGAAGGCAUCAUCUCGGACUUGUUCCCUGGCAUCAGCCUCCCGCAGGCAGACUAUGGUGUCUUCCUGGAGGCCAUGAAGGACAACAUCAGCAAACGUAAGCUGCAGCCAGUGCCCUGGUUCAUCGACAAAGUCAUACAGGUGUACGAGAUGAUCCUGGUACGUCACGGCAUGAUGAUUGUGGGGGAGCCACUGGGCGGGAAGACGCAGUCUUACCAGGUGCUGGCUGCCACACUGAGCGACCUGGAGGAUUCAAAGGCCUACGACGAGUAUCGCACCAUCUACCGCAUCAUCAACCCCAAGGCCAUCACCAUGGGGCAGCUCUACGGCUGUUUCGACCCCGUCUCACAUGAGUGGUCUGAUGGUGUGCUGGCCAACACUUUCAGAGAGUAUGCCAGCAACCCAGACAGCAACAGGAAGUGGAUUCUGUUUGACGGUCCAGUGGAUGCUGUGUGGAUCGAGAACAUGAACACAGUACUGGAUGACAACAAGAAGUUGUGCCUGAUGAGUGGUGAGAUCAUCCAGAUGAGCAACAAGAUGAACCUGAUCUUUGAGCCUGCGGAUCUGGAACAAGCUUCCCCGGCCACUGUGAGCCGAUGUGGCAUGGUGUACCUAGAACCUCACCAGAUGGGCUGGAGGCCCAGCGUUGCCUCCUACAUGGCCUACACACUGCCGCAGAAACUGAAGCAGGAGCAGAAGGAGCUUGUCCAAGAUCUUUUUGAUUGGCUGGUUGAGCCAUGCCUGGACUUUGUCCGGCGUAAGUGCAAGACAUUCCUGUUUACGUCAGAGAUGCACCAGGUACAGAUGCUGAUGACUCUCUACUCUGCUCUCAUGGACGAGAUCAACGACUCACUCAAUGCCAUGCCGGAGGAAGGGGAGGAGCCACCGGAGAACAGCCAGGAGCACCUCACUCCACAGCAGAUCACGCUGUGGCUACAAGGCAUGUUCCUGUUCUGUGUGGUCUGGACUAUCGGAGGGACUGUCCAGGGGGACAGCAGGAAGCAUUUUGACGAGUUCUUCCGCACGCUCAUCAGCGGCACAGAUGACAAGCACCCUAAACCAAAGAGCAUAAAGAUCACCAAGAGCAACUCAUUCCCCGAGAGGAACACUGUAUUUGACUACGCCUUCCACAAGAAAGGCAGCGGAGGCUGGCAGGACUGGAUGGACACAGUGAACAAAGACGAUGCAGCCAUUCCUGCCAACGCUAAGGUGAGUGACCUGACAAUUCCCACUUCGGAGACAGCUCGCCAACAGUUCUUCUUGCACUUGUACAUGUCGCAUGACGUGCCACUCCUGGUCAUUGGACCCACAGGCACAGGAAAGUCGGCUAUCACCAACAGCUACCUACUGCAGCUGCCCAAGGAAUCGUACAUUCCUAACUGCAUCAACUUUUCUGCCCGAACUUCUGCCAACCAGACUCAGGACAUUGUCAUGUCCAAGUUGGACAGGCGUCGUAAAGGUGUGUUUGGUCCCCCCAUGGGCAAGAAGUCUGUAGUGUUUGUGGAUGACCUGAACAUGCCGGCCAAGGAGAAGUAUGGAGCCCAACCUCCCAUUGAGCUGCUCCGACAGUGGAUCGACCACGGACACUGGUAUGAUAAGAAGGACACAUCCAAACUCUUCCUCACAGAUGUGCUGUUUGUCAGUGCCAUGGGUCCCCCUGGUGGUGGGCGUAAUGACAUCACCUCCCGGUUCACCAGACAUCUCAACAUCAUUUCCAUUGAUGAGUUUGACGAUUCAAUCAUGACCAAGAUCUUCACUGCCAUCACAGAUUGGCAUUUUGGAAAUGGCUUUGAAGGCUCUUUCAUCAGAAAUGGAAAGAUGCUAGUGACUGCGACAAUGGGUGUGUACAAAGAUGCCAUUGCCAGCUUCCUGCCCACACCAAGCAAGUCUCACUACGUGUUCAACUUGCGAGAUUUUUCACGUGUCAUCCGGGGCGUGCUGCUGGUGCCAGCUGCUGAGAUGACAGAAGUCGAUAUGCUGCUAAGACUGUGGGUGCAUGAAGUGUACAGAGUAUUUUAUGACCGUCUCAUUGAUGAUGACGACAGAAAUAUGUUUUUCAAUAUUGUGAAGAACAACUGCCAAGACAGUUUCAAACAGAACAUUGACAAGAUCCUAGGUCAUCUAUCGCUGAGUGGUAAGGUGGUGGACGAUGAUAUCCGUAGCUUGUUCUUUGGUGACUACCUCAACCCGGAGAACAAAGUCUACAAGGAGAUCACAGAUCUGAAAGAGCUCACAGCUGUCAUGGAGCACUACCUAGAGGAGUAUAACAUUGUCAGUAAAGCCCCCAUGAAGUUGGUCAUGUUCAAAUUUGCCAUUGAGCACAUGUCACGUGUCAGCCGUGUGUUGUUGCAAGACAAUGGACAUGCCCUACUUGUUGGUAUUGGGGGCUCUGGUCGCCAAAGUGCAGCCAAACUGGCAACCUUCAUGGCAGACUACGAACUUUUCCAGAUAGAAAUUACCAAAAACUACGGCAUUGCUGACUGGAGAGAUGAUCUGAAAAAACUGCUACUGAAGGCAGGGACAGAGGGGAAGCAGACAGUCUUCCUGUUCUCAGACAACCAAAUCAAAGACGAGUCGUUCAUGGAAGACAUCAGCAUGAUCCUCAACACUGGCGACGUACCCAACAUCUUCCCGCCAGAUGAGAAAGCCGAUGUCAUUGAGAAAAUGCAAACUGUGGCUAGAAAUGAGGGCCGUCGUAUGGAGGCCACCCCACUGGCCAUGUACAACUUUUUCAUAGAUCGUGUGAAGAAACAUCUUCACAUUGUGUUGGCAAUGUCUCCCAUCGGUGAUGCUUUCCGCAACAGACUUCGUAUGUUCCCAUCUCUCAUCAACUGUUGUACCAUUGACUGGUUCCAGGCCUGGCCUGAGGAUGCCCUGGAGAUGGUGGCCAACAAGUUCCUGGAGGAGAUCGAGAUGGAGGACGCCAUGAAGUUGGAGACUGUCAGCAUGUGCAAACAUUUCCACGAGUCUGUCAGGCUCACUUCUGAAAGAUAUUUUGAGAUCCUGCGACGUAAAAACUACGUGACCCCAACAUCAUAUCUUGAGCUCAUCCUCACCUUCAAGUCACUUUUGAGUGUCAAACGAGAUGAGCUGAUGACUUUGAAGAAUCGAUACCUGGUGGGCUUGGAAAAGUUGGAGUUUGCGGCCUCACAGGUCUCUGUCAUGCAGCAGGAGUUGACGGACCUGCAGCCCGAACUGAUCAAGACCUCAGCUGAAACAGAAAAGCUCAUGAUCAAAAUUGAACAAGACACAGUCGAGGUGGAGGCCAAGAAAGAGGUGGUGGCGGCCGAUGAAGCAGUGGCCAACGAGGCGGCCGCAGCGGCCCAGGCCAUCAAGGACGAGUGCGAGGGAGACUUGGCCGAGGCCAUCCCAGCCCUAGAGGCAGCUAUCUCAGCCCUCAACACUCUCAAACCCUCUGACAUCUCCAUGGUCAAAGCGAUGAAGCAUCCUCCUGGCAUUGUGAAGCUGGUGAUGGAGUCUGUGUGCGUGAUGCUGGGUAUCAAGUCAGAGCGUAAGCCAGACCCCUCAGGCACGGGAAAGAUGAUGGAAGAUUACUGGGGGCCAUCCAUGAAACUGCUAGGAGACUUGAAGUUCCUAGACAGGCUGAAGACCUACGACAAGGACAACAUUGCACCACCCAUCAUCAAGAAGAUCAGAGAGAAAUACAUCGUCAAUUCAGAGUUUGACCCAGGUCUCGUGAAGAAUGCAUCUACAGCAUGUGAGGGUCUGUGUCGCUGGGUGUGUGCGAUGGAUGUCUAUGACAAAGUUGCCAAAGUGGUUGCUCCAAAGAAAGCCAAACUGGCAGAGGCAGAGGGUGAGCUGGCUGUCCAGAUGGAAAAGUUGAAUGAGAAGAGAGCACAACUGCAAGCCGUGACAGACAAGCUCCAAGCCCUCAAUGACGAGUUUGAGGUGAUGACCCAGAAGAAGAAAGACCUGGAGGCUAACAUUGACCUCUGUUCCAAGAAGCUGGACCGUGCAGAGAAGCUGAUUGGUGGGCUGGGCGGGGAGAAGGACCGCUGGACUGAGGCAGCUCGUGUGCUGGGGGAGCAGUACAUCAACAUCACAGGAGACGUGUUGCUUUCCUCGGGAGUGGUAGCUUACCAGGGGGCGUUCACCAUUGACUUCAGACAGGUCAAGCCAACAAAUGGGUAAAGAACAUGGAGAAGGCCAACAAGCUGGGCAUCAUCAAGCUCUCGGAUGCCAACUACAUGAGGACCAUGGAGAACAGUAUCCAGUUCGGUACGCCUGUCCUGCUUGAGAACGUCGGAGAGGAGCUUGACCCCAUUCUGGAACCAGUGCUGCAGAAGUUGACCUUCAGACAGCAGGGUGUCGACUACAUCCGGCUCGGUGACAACGUGAUUGAGUAUUCAAAUGACUUCAAGAUGUACAUCACAACUGGCCUGCGGAACCCGCACUACCUGCCGGAGGUGUCGGUCAAGGUGUGUCUGCUCAACUUCAUGAUCACACCCCAGGGCCUGGAAGACCAACUGUUGGGCAUUGUGGCUGCCAAGGAGAAGCCUGAGCUGGAGGAGAAGAAGAACCAGCUGAUCCUCGAAUCAGCCGCCAACAACAAGCAGCUCAAGGAGAUUGAGGACAAGAUCCUCGAGGUCCUCUCCUCAUCACAGGGAAACAUUCUGGAAGAUGAGACUGCCAUCAAAGUUCUUUCCUCUUCCAAAGCCCUGUCAGAGGAAAUCUCUGCCAAACAAGAAGUGGCCGUGGCAACAGAGGUGGAAAUUGAUGAGACGAGGAACGGCUACCGCCCAGUGGCCGUCCACUCCUCCAUCUUGUUCUUCUGUAUCUCUGAUCUGGCCAACAUAGAGCCCAUGUACCAGUACUCCCUGACCUGGUUCAUCAACUUGUACCUGCAUUCCAUCAGCAACAGCGAGCCUUCAGAAGAUCUCAAGGAGCGAAUUCAAAAUCUCAACGAGCACUUCACACUCAGUAUCUACAACAACGUGUGUCGUUCUCUGUUUGAGAAAGACAAACUCCUCUUCUCCUUCCUCCUGUGCAUCGGCAUCAUGAAGGGAGAGGGCAGAGUUGAUGAAGCCACCUGGCGCUUCCUGUUGACAGGAGGCGUCGCUUUGGAGAACCCAAUCCCAAACCCUGCCUCCAGCUGGCUAUCUGACAAAGCGUGGUCCGAGAUUGUACGAGCGUCCAAUCUGAACAACCUUAACGGCUUCAUGGAACAUGUCCAAGAGAACCCUGACAGUUGGAAGAAGUACUACGACAGCUCCACCCCUCAGACGUACAAACUGCCAUCCCCCUGGGAUGCCUUGGGAGGACUAGACACCAUGGUGGUCCUACGCUGUUUCCGCCCAGACAAAAUAGUCCCUGCUGUCCAGGACUUCAUUGUGGAAAACAUGGGCCAGGCAUAUGUGGAACCCCCGACCUUUGACCUUGCUGGAUCUUUCGGGGAUUCCAACUGCUGUGCACCACUUAUCUUUAUUCUCUCCCCUGGCGCUGACCCCAUGAUGGCACUGCUGCGUUUUGGAGAGGACAGAGGCUACAAGGGCAACAUGAUACAGACCAUUUCACUUGGUCAAGGACAGGGCCCUAUUGCUGCCAAAAUGAUUGACAAGGCCAUUCUGGAUGGAACUUGGGUGGUGCUGCAGAACUGUCAUCUGGCCACCAGCUGGAUGCCCAAGCUGGAGAAAAUUUGUGAGGAGGUGAUCGUCCCAGACUCGACCAAUGAAGACUUCCGUCUGUGGCUGACCAGCUACCCGUCAGAUAACUUCCCAGUGUCCAUCUUGCAAAAUGGAGUCAAGAUGACCAAUGAGCCACCUAAAGGCCUUCGAGCCAACCUCAUCCGAUCCUACCUCAAUGACCCGAUCUCUGAUCAAAACUUCUAUGAUGGAUGCAACAAGCCUGAAAAGUGGCACAAGAUGUUGUUUGGUCUCUGCUUCUUCCAUGCCUUGGUUCAAGAGAGGCGUAAGUUCGGCCCGCUGGGCUGGAACAUUCCGUAUGAGUUCAAUGAGUCUGAUCUCCGGAUCAGCAUGAGACAAAUGCAGAUGUUUUUGAAUGACUAUGAGGAGCUCCCCCUGCCUGCCCUCUCUUACCUGACUGGCGAGUGUAACUACGGAGGUCGUGUCACUGACGACAAGGACAGACGUCUGCUCACCUCCCUGCUCUCAAUUUUCUACACAGAGGAGAUUGUCUUUGAUGACAACUACAGGUUCUCCCCGAGUGGUGUGUACUACGCACCCCCAGAAGGCCCCUAUCAGAGCUACAUCGACUACCUGCGGACGUUGCCACUGAUCCCAACCCCUGAGGUUUUUGGCCUGCAUGAGAACGCCGACAUCACCAAGGACAACCAGGAGACACAGCUACUCUUUGAGAGUAUCCUGUUGACCCUUCCACGCCAGUCAGGUAGCGGUGGGCAGUCAUCGGGAGAUGCCAUGCAGAGUCUCGCUGAUGAUAUCUUGGGCAAAUUGCCUGCGAACUUUGACCUAGAGUUUGUGAUGAACAAGUAUCCAGUUGUAUAUGAUGAAUCCAUGAACACCGUCCUGAGGCAGGAGCUGAUUCGCUUCAACAACCUCAUCUCUGUGGUGAGGAAGACGCUAGUCAAUCUUCAGAAGGCCAUCAAAGGUCUAGUGGUGAUGUCCUCGGAGCUGGAGGAAGUCUUCAACAGUAUGAUGGUGGGCAAAGUGCCUGCCUCGUGGGCCGCCAAGUCAUAUCCCAGCCUCAAACCUCUCGGCAGCUAUGUUUCUGAUCUGCUGGCCAGACUGAAAUUUUUCCAGGACUGGAUUGAAAACGGCGCCCCCUCCACCUUCUGGCUCUCAGGCUUCUACUUCACACAGUCUUUCCUCACAGGCGUGUCUCAGAACUAUGCCAGAAGGACAACCAUCCCCAUUGAUUUGGUGGGUUUUGAGUUUGAGGUUUUGAGAGAAACACCAACUGAGAAGCCACAAGAUGGUGCUUUUGUCUAUGGUCUCUUUAUGGAGGGUGCCAAGUGGGACAGGGAGAACAUGGUCAUUGGAGAGUCAGCCCCCAAGAUGCUGUUUGAUCUGAUGCCUUGUAUUUGGCUCAAACCGAAUGAGAUGAGCAAAUUUGCAGAUAAUCCAAGCUACACGUGUCCUGUGUACAAGACAAGUGCCCGUCGUGGUACUUUGUCGACGACGGGACACUCCACAAACUUUGUCAUGUUUAUCAAGCUGUUGUCCGACAAGCCUGAGAGCCACUGGAUCAACCGAGGUGUGGCCUGUCUGUGUCAGCUGGAUGACUGAGACCCUUCCCAGCACAGCACAAGGCCAGGGAAAAUGACAGCCAUUCUGAAAAUUGGAAUUCUCCUACUGUGGUGCCGACUUCUAAUUAUAAUAACCAGUGUUCAAGCUCAGUUUUUUUGGUCUUUUUCACAGGUUAUAAUAAGAGGAGAAAUGCAAAAGAUUUUAAUUUGGACCCAAAUCAUUAUUCAUUCUUUCAAGUAGUUUAAUGAGCUCAUUGUUCGUGGGCUUCAUUGUACUUAUGUUGCUUUUUCAUACACAUCUUUGGGAAUUUACAGCUAGCCCAUUAAUGUUUUUAUGUGUGUAUUACCAUAGAAUAUCAUCCUUAGAAUAGUGAGCCUGUCUCUUUCUAGUUCUGCUGGAGAAAUAUUUCAAAGGUUUGAAAAUGUAACACAUGUAAUGCCUUUAAGGUAGCCAUGAGAAAUGAGCUUUAAAUGAAAGUGAUAUAUGUAUAUACAUACAGUUCUUCUUUGUGUAUGGUAAGUGACAUAGUGUCUAGUCCUGUCAAACAGUUGAUUUACAGUUGUUUCAAGCUCAAAUUUUGGUUUUCAGUUUGUUUGUCAAAGGAAGAAGCUAUCAAAGGGACAUGUAUUAAAUUGUGUUGCUUCUUAAAGCAAUAUUGAAUAAGUGAUAUUCUUCAUUUGGAGAAAAGAGAUAUGGCAUUUUUGCUUCUUUCUCUCUUUUUUUUUAGUGCAGGUAUCUGCCAAAGGUUUGGGACAAGAAUGGGGAGUGUGAGGGUGUGUCAAAAGUUCGGGGCAGGUGUGGGGAAUGUGCCAAAAUAUUGAGGUAGGGGAAGGUAUUCUCAGCGUAAGCCCCAUAAUGGAUGUCUGUCUCGUUUGGAGGUGGUCAGCUUUGUCAAUGCAAAGCAGUCCCUUUGUUUUGAUGUAACUUGCUAUGCAUUAAGCAAAGCACCACUUUGCCGCUGCCUCGGUGAAACUGAAAGCUUGCCUUCAUUGUGAGCAGAUCACUGUUCUCUCCCCAUGCUGAUUUUGUGUAUUAUGAAAUGUGUUAAUAUUACUUUUGUUUAAAUGUGAUGAUGAACAUGUGCUGCUGACUUUUUAAAACCUGUUUUAUUCUCCUACCAUGUAUGUCUUUGAGAGAUGCUCAAAAAAGUCUUGAAAUUAAAAGUGCACUGAGAGAG